ACUUAAGAGGGACGGCUCGGACUGGAGGCAGUGUCCCCCACGAUGUCACAGCGGUGUGUUCUCUUGGUGCUGCUCUCCGCAGCCGCGUUGGCGAGCAGCGCGACGGUGCAGCCGCGCCGGCCCCGCCUGCAGUACACGGAGAGCGAGCCGCUGCCGGCCGACUUCCUGCUGGGCGCUGGCACCUCCGCCAUACAGAGCGAGGGCGCCCACGACGUGGACGGCAGAGGAGAAAGCAUCAUCGAAUACAUCAUGUACCAUAAUAUGAGUGACGCACCUGGCAGCAACUGGCCGGCCUUCGUCAACCCCGGUAGAAACGCCGACUCGUACCACAUGUACAAGGAAGACGUCGCAGCGGCGAAAGCACUCAAGCUCCAAGUGUACCGAAUAUCUAUAUCGUGGCCCCGGAUAUUCCCGGAUGGUGACGUAACAAAGCCUAAUGCCAAAGGUGUCGAGUUCUACAAAAAUUUCAUCGAAGAAAUAUGUAACGCAGGAAUGCAGCCUAUGGUGACGAUGUACCACUUCGACCAGCCUUUCGAAAUGCUCAAACGAAACUUAAGCUGGACGAACAGGGACAGUAGCGGGAUUGUCGACAACUUCGUAGACUACGCCGACUUCUUGUUUGCAACUUACGGCGACAAAGUGAAGUUGUGGACGACUAUCAAUGAGCCCAACUAUUACUGCAUCUCUUUCGCUGUACUUGACAUCCCUGGGUUGUACACGCGCGGCAUCGCGGACGAGUACAAUUGCAUUCACAACACAGUUCUGGCGCACGCUAAAGUCUACCGUCUCUAUGAGUCGAAAUACCGUCUAAAGCAAGGAGGCCAGGUCGGCGCGGCCGCCCUGACGCUCUGGGGGCGCCCCAACUCCACGUCGUGGGACGACAUCGAGGCCGCCGACCGCCUCAACAUAUUCGGUCUGGGCUCCAUCUACCACCCGCUGGUGUACGGCGAGUACCCACCCAUCGUGAGGGAGCGGGUGGACCGCUACAGCAAGCAGGAGGGUCUCGCCGAGUCCAGGCUGCCCCACUUCACCGAGGAGGAGAAGCUCAUGAUCACUGGUGCCGCCGACUUCCUCUGCUUCAACGCGUACUUCGGCUCCAGGAUAGUGGACGGGACGCACCAACCCCGGCCCCGCUACGGCAGGGUGGUCAACGACAGGGACGCCAUCGAGCUGGAAGCUGCCAUGGUUAACGGCAGCCGCGACUUCAGAUACAUGUUCAUGAAGCCCGAGCCCAGUGUCCUCUGGGAGGCGUCGAGAUGGAUCUGGAGGAACUACAAGCUGCCCGUAUUCAUAACCGAGAAUGGCUGGGGCGAUGAGAGGACCAACCAUGACCCUCGAGACGACGAACCCAGAAUGGCGUACCACAGCUUGUAUAUCCGCGAGCUGCUCCGAGCUGCCAAAGAGGAGGGCGUCAAGGUCAUGGGCUACAUCGUGUGGAGCCUCAUCGACACGUACGAGUUCACUGGUGGCUUCACGCGCAAGUUCGGGCUCACGCACGUCGACUACGAGGGUGGCACGCUGAAGCGGACUCUGAAGAAGUCGGCGAGCUUCUUCCAGGAGGUGGCCGAGACGCGGCGGGUGCCGGUCCUCGAGUACACGUACGUGGACGAACCGGUGACGGACAGCCCGACCUCCCCGCCCGCCCCGACCGCCCCGGCCCAGGCUGCCACGACGCCCAGCCCAAGCUCAGCCAGUACCGCCGCACACACCCCUGCCGUUGCCGUUCUAGUCUUAUUGGCUCUCGCUAGAAUAUUAAAC